AAGAAUAUGAGGGAAAAGGAGCAGUUCCGCAAACUGUUUAUUGGUGGCUUAAGCUUUGAAACGACUGAGGAAAGCCUGAGGAGUUACUAUGAGCAAUGGGGGAAACUUACAGACUGUGUGGUAAUGAGGGAUCCUGCAAGCAAAAGGUCAAGGGGGUUUGGUUUUGUAACAUUCUCCUCCAUGGCUGAAGUUGAUGCAGCCAUGGCUGCACGACCUCACACGAUUGAUGGAAGGGUGGUUGAGCCUAAGAGAGCUGUGGCUAGAGAGGAGUCUGGAAAACCUGGUGCUCAUGUUACUGUGAAAAAACUAUUUGUUGGUGGUAUUAAAGAGGACACUGAAGAGCACCACCUUCGUGACUACUUUGAGGAAUAUGGAAAAAUCGACACUAUUGAAAUCAUUACUGACAGACAGUCUGGUAAAAAGAGAGGGUUUGGAUUUGUUACAUUUGAUGACCAUGAUCCUGUGGAUAAAAUUGUAUUGCAGAAGUAUCACACCAUCAAUGGCCAUAAUGCAGAAGUAAGGAAAGCUCUCUCUAGACAGGAAAUGCAGGAAGUUCAAAAUUCCAGAAGUGGGAGAGGAGGGAACUUUGGGUUUGGUGAUGCACGUGGAGGUGGUGGCAACUUUGGUCCAGGACCUGGCAGCAAUUUCAGAGGGGGAGCCGAUGGAUAUGGAAGUGGCCGUGGAUUUGGUGAUGGGUAUAACGGAUAUGGUGGAGGACCUGGAGGUGGCAACUUUGGAGGCAGUCCUGGUUACGGAGGAGGAAGAGGAGGAUAUGGCGGAGGAGGACCUGGAUAUGGCAACCAGGGUGGAGGCUAUGGAGGUGGUUAUGACAACUAUGGAGGAGGCAAUUACGGAAGUGGAAACUAUAAUGAUUUUGGAAACUACAACCAACAACCUUCAAAUUAUGGUCCAAUGAAGAGUGGAAAUUUUGGUGGCAGCAGGAACAUGGGGGGACCAUAUGGUGGAGGAAAUUAUGGUCCAGGGGGCAGUGGGGGAAGUGGUGGAUAUGGAGGGAGGAGCCGUUACUGAGUUUCUGCAAGCAUGCCAUGGGCUUCACUGUAUAAAUAGGAGAGGAUGAGAGCCCAGAGGUAACAGAACAGCUUCAGGUUAUCGAAAUAACAAUGUUAAGGAAACACUUAUCUCAGUCAUGCAUAAAUAUGCAGUGAUAUGGCAGAAGACACCAGAGCAGAUGCAGAGAGCCAUUUUGUGAAUGGAUUUGGAUUAUUUAAUAACAUUACCUUACUGUGGAGGAAGGACUGUAAAAAUGCCUUUGAGACAGUUUCUUAGCUUUUUAAUUGUUGUUUCUUUCUAGUGGUCUUUGUAAGUGUAGAAGCAUUCCUUUGAUAAUGUUAAAUUUGUAAGUUUCAGGUGACAUGUGAAACCUUUUUUAAGAUUUUCCUCAAAGUUUUGAAAAGCUAUUAGCCAGGAUCAUGGUGUAAUAAGACAUAACGUUUUCCUUUUAAAAAUUUAAGUGCGUGUGUAGAGUUAAGAAGCUGUUGUACAUUUAUGAUUUAAUAAAAUAAUUCUAAAGGAAA